UCAUAGGGUCCUUCAUAAUAACCUUGUCUGCCAUUACCACAUCAACUCCGCUACUGCUACCUCACUCUCCACUCAGUCUGGACGCAGCUGCAUCACGCUUAUCACUGCCACUCUUCCACUUCAUCAUGGGAGACAAAACGACUGAAGAAAGAAUUAUGAUAAGGGAAGUGACGGGUCCACAAAUAGACAUCAUUCGUGAUCUUUCGCUGGUGACCCCCCCUGGGUACUUGGAGAUUGGGCCAGAGAACGUGUUAUUGCCAAGUUUUUAUGCCAAAUGGCAAUCCAAAUACACCAGUUUUCCAGUUUACCCGGAUGAUGUUUGGGUCGUGACAUUCCCGAAGUCAGGAACUACCUGGACUCAGGAGGUGGUGUGGUGUCUAGUGAAGGAUACGAAGUCUCCUGAGGCGUCACUCGAGAUGAUGAAGAGGUUCCCUUUCCUUGAACUUGACACUAUUCGUCCUCCUACCGACGAGAACUUUCCGUUUGAGAAAACGUGUGAUGUUACUCAGCUCACUUCCACUUGGGACAUCAUUGAGAAGCUAAAGGCUCCCAGGACCAUUAAGUCUCACCUCCCAAAGGAACUCCUUCCCAAACAACUCUGGAACGUGAAACCAAAGAUUGUGUACGUGUGCCGGGAUCCACGUGAUGCCUGUGUCUCCUUUUAUUUCCACUCCGUCAGGCAUCAAGGUUUCCAUGGAACAAUCAACCAGUUUGUCGACAUAUUUCUCGACGAUAAAAUGUAUUACUCUCCCUACUGGCGUCACGUCCUUAACUUUUGGAAGAUGAGACACGAAGAACAUAUUCUGUUCCUCCGCUACGAAGACAUGAAAAAGGAUCUGGCAGCCAUUGUGAGGCAAGUGGCGAAUUUCCUGGGGAAGGAGGUGGACGAGGAGCAGGUGGCCUGGCUGACGAAUCACUGCUCCUUCUCAGAGAUGAAAAACAACCCGGCAACCAACAAUGCCACCUACCUCACUCCACCCACAGAAGAAUCCAAAAAAAUAAAGUUCAUGCGGAACGGCAAGGUAGGAGACUGGAGGAACCACUUGAACAAGGAGCAGCUGAAGGCCUUCAAGACGUGGACACUGCAGUUCCUUGAGGGAUCCGACUUCCCAUACUAUCAAGACUAUGAUUAAGUUUCGAUGUUUCAGUACAAGCCCUGCUGGGUCAAUACUGGCCAUGCAGGGUCAAUGACUGAUUUUCUACUGGAUCAAUAUCUGACUACUUUGUUUAACUACUAAUGAAUCUUUUGCACAAAGAAAUCACAUUAAUGUGAUGUAUCAAUGAGAACAUCCGUAGGAGUCAUGGGGGGUGAUUCGAACCUAUGCUAAGGGUUCUCCCAAGCAAAUGCUCUAGACCACUACACCAUGAAUGUGGUGAAGUGGUCUAGAGCGUUUACUUGGGAUUACUGAGAGCAUAGUUUUGCAUCCUCCUCAUGGCUCCUACUGAUGUCCUCGUGCAUACAGCAGUUUAAUGUGAUUUAUUUAUGUAUGAGAAGAGAUACGUAGGAGGUAGAACUCUUAGACUACAAGCCAUAGGGCCUGUUGGCAAUGUGUGAAACCCUGGACUGGCUUCAAGGCAAGCCUCAUGAACUUUAUAAGAUACAAUUGAAUCCCAGGAGCCAGAUUCACGAAAGCACUUACGCAAGCACUUACGAACGUGUACAUCUUUCCUCAAUCUUUGACGGCUUUGUUUACAUUUAUUAAACAGUUUACAAGCAUGAAAAGUUGCCUUUCAAC